UUCGGCUGCUUCGCGUUCGCAGGCGAUAGCAAUAAAAACGAUAAUUUAUCUGAAAUACGCAAUCCGCAAGUCAUUUAUUGGACUUCGGCUUUGCUGGCAGCAAAGUUUGAAGCGGGCUCUGCGUCGGUGUUGAAAAUAUAUUCGUAGUUAAAUCGGACACUUUGAGUCGUUAGGAUGUCGGUUAUAGGCAAAUUCGUAGUGCCUAGCGCGACGAAACAUAUCAAUAAAUUAAGUGCCGCUUUGCAAGUAGCUCGUUCUAAUAGAACCUAUUUCACGUAUACCCAAUCAUUAUCGCAGCCGCUAGAUCGGAAACCAGAAACGAUCACCGCUAAAGCGGCGUUUGAGAAAUGUCUGAAGUCUGGUCAAACCGUGGUAGCCCAGGGCGCAGCAGCCACCCCUGCACCGCUUUUGGAUGCCAUGACAGAAGUCGGCAAAAAGGGGAGCAUGAAAGACAUCAAGGUGGUUCACAUGCAUACGGAGAAGGAGGCAGCGUAUACGGCGCCUGACUGCGAGGGGAUAUUCAGGUCGUGUUCCCUAUUCAUGGCGGCGAACGUGAGGAAGCCCGUUGCUGAGGGCAGAUCCGACGUCAUCCCGAUAUUCCUGCAGGACAUCCCCAAGCUGUUCCACAGGAAAAUCAUCCAGCCCGAUAUCACCCUCAUCCAGGUCUCCCCCCCAGACCAGCACGGUUACUGCAGUCUUGGAACUUCAGUGGACUGUGUCAGGGCGGCGCUAGUCAACUCCAAAGUCAUCAUAGCUCAAAUCAACCCGCACAUGCCUCGCACAUUCGGAGACGCCAUCAUCCACAUUUCCCACGUGGAUUAUGCCGUGGAGGACCACACACCUUUGGCAGAGCACGGUGCCAAGCCUGGCAACCCCGACGAGGCCAAGAUCGGCCAGCUGAUCGCUGACAACCUGGUUGAAGAUGGAGCUACGCUGCAGAUGGGUAUCGGCAGCAUCCCCGACGCGGUGCUGGCGUCGCUAACCAACCACAAGGACCUCGGCAUCCACUCGGAGAUGUUCAGCAUCGGCGUCAUCGACCUCGUCAAGCGCGGCUGUGUCACCAACAACAUGAAAACGAGGCACAAGGGUCGCAUUGUUGCUAGUUUUCUGGUCGGCAACCGUGCGCUGUACGACUUCGUUGACAACAAUCCUUUCAUCGAAAUGAUGGAGGUGGACUACGUGAACAACACGCACAUCAUCUCGCAGCAGCCGCGCAUGACGGCCAUCAACUCGUGCAUGGAGAUCGACAUCACCGGCCAGGUGUGCGCCGACUCCAUCGGAACCCGCAUGUACUCCGGUUUCGGCGGGCAGGUGGACUUUAUCCGCGGCUCGGCGGAGUCCUUGGACGGACGAGGCAAACCCAUCAUAGCUAUAGUGUCGGCCACGAAACGAGGCGAGAGCAAGAUCGUGCCUACUCUCAAGCCAGGUGCCGGAGUGGUCACAACUCGUGCCCACAUCAACUACGUAGUAACAGAGCAGGGUAUAGCCAACCUCUUCGGUAAGACUCUCCGUCAGAGAGCAUACGAGCUCAUCCGUAUAGCUCACCCCGACCACCGAGAGAGCCUCGAGAAGGCAGCCUUUGAGAGGCUCAAGUGUAUGCCCGCACCUUAAGCACAAACCAGAGACUAGAGAGAAUACCAUAGAGGGCUGUCUUCAAAAGAUCAACGGAUAAUUAUUCAACUUUAAUUUACAGCUCGAGAAGGCUUUAAAUGAACGUGGCGAAAAAGGAACUAACGCUGCCAUCAUACA